AUGAGUUACAGUGAUUCAAGGUCCCAAUCAAACAACAGCAGUAGUCAAGAUGCCACGUCGGGGAAACUACAAUACACAGAAAGUGACGAUGAAGGAAGUGACGAAUAUUGCAAGGGUGGAUACCACCCUGUGAAGAUUAACGAAAUAUACAAUGACCGGUAUAGAAUAGAAGGGAAAUUAGGAUGGGGUCAUUUUUCAACCGUUUGGGUUGCUACAGACUUAAAAAGUAAACCACUAAAAUUUGUUGCCAUCAAAAUUCAGAAAGGGUCCGAAUCAUUUGGAGAGUCAGCCAAAUGUGAAAUCAAUUAUUUAAAAACAGUUAAGGCAAAUUCUUUUGAUUCUUCUUGGGUAGAAUUAAAAGAGCAUCAAAGGGAAAGGCUCUUUCAUUACAAUAUGACAAAGGGAGUCGUUUCCUUUAUUGAUAGCUUUGAGCAUAAAGGACCAAAUGGUACCCACGUCUGUAUGGUGUUUGAAUUUAUGGGACCCAAUUUAUUAUCCCUCAUUAAACACUACGACUAUAAAGGGAUCCCAUUAAACUUGGUUCGAAAAAUUGCCACACAUGUCCUAAUAGGGCUGCAGUAUUUACACGAUGUUUGUAAAAUUAUACAUAGUGAUAUAAAGCCGGAAAACGUUUUAGUAUCUCCCCUGUUGAAUAUUCCCCGACCAAGGGACUAUAGCAAAGAGGAUGGUGAUGCGCAAAAGGGUCUUCUUAAAAAGGCAGAAACGGAAGCAGCAGAGCAAGCAGCUGAGGAGGCCCGGGGGGAUGGCCACUCCGACGGUAGUGACAAUGAUGAAGACGGGGAAGAUGACCACUCAUCGUGCCUGAGCGAGGUGAAGGAUAAACACGAAUGGGACAAUGUAGACUUUAACAAAUUAACCAAACAGGAAAAGAAAAAAUUAAAAAGGAAAAAAAAAAAAUUCUUAAAAAAGGAACGAUUAAAAGUGGAAGCGCAGAAGAAGGAGAAGCAAACCGGUGAUCAGGUGAUUGGAGUCAGUUCACACCAAAGUGGAAAUCACGACAAACAGGGCGACGCCGACGCGCAAGCUGCGAAAUUAACCGUGGGCAGCCCUACAUCAAAUGAUAAUAGCCAGUUUAAGAAGGAAGAUAACGAACAUUCCAACAGUGCCAUCCAGAUGAACGAGGAACAUGUGUUGAAAGGUGAAGAAUUGAACAGUGGCAACUUCAACAGUGUGGAUGGUCACAAUCUCGUGAACCCAAACUUCUCCCUCGGUGGUAUGAAAAGCGCUAGCUCCGUCCAGGCUACCGCCUCAGAGGAACUAACCUGUAAUAGCAAGUGUACCCCCGGCGAUAAUGCUAAAAAUUGUGAACAUAAUAAUGUAAAGAACGAACUAGGCGUUGACAGUAAUAACAGCAAUGACGGUUGCAGUUCUAACCCGAAGCUGCCAAGUGCAAAUGACCCAGCCUGCACAGCGAACGCCCACCUAGGGGAAGGACAAAAGGAGAGUGCACCCAGUGGGGGAGACCCAAAAUUAAAUAAAAAAAAAGCGACCAAUGAACCUCCCUAUGUGAAACAUAGACUUAGACCGUCCAACUCGGACCCGUCCCUCCUCACCAGCUACAACAACAUACAUGCCCUCCAGGAAUCGCUAAUGAGGAGGCCCUACCACUACAACAAUUAUUUUUUGUAUAACCCGGAGAAGUACGGAGAUGACAGAUGUUCGCUAUUUUUGCAUCGCCUACCCAGCGACUACUUGAAGAAGAACACGUUGGAGGACAGUGACCGCGAUAAAGACUUCGAUGAUGAGCGAGACGACCAACAUGAUGAAGACCACCACGAAGAGCAGACGCGAAAGAGCGAUGCGAGUGACGGUGGAAAAUCCGUAGAAUUCCUAGAAAAAGAUUUUAACAAAAUCCCCAUCUACUGCGACAUGUUCAAUCAUUUGAUGCAUCCAGAAGCCAUGAAAAUACACGACAAGUAUAAAGAGAAAAAAAAAGGAAAGCAUGCAAAACCGUGUAAGGAUGACACACAGGAGAAUAACAAAAGCGGCCAUAAAGUUGUUUACAUCAAAACAGAGGAGGGGGACUACCGUAUUAGACCCUAUGACCCAACUGUGUAUUACCAUGAAAAGGCAUGUUACAAAAUCUGUGAUUUAGGAAACAGUCUCUGGGUUGACGAAUCAAGGUAUGCAGAAAUACAAACAAGGCAAUAUAGAUCCCCAGAGGUGAUUCUAAAAAGCGGUUUUAACGAAACAGCAGACAUAUGGUCCUUUGCUUGUAUGAUAUUUGAGCUAGUAACUGGAGACUUCCUAUUUAAUCCCCAAAAAUCUGAUAGAUAUGACAAAAAUGAAGAACACUUAAGUUUUAUGAUUGAAGUGUUGGGGAAUAUUCCAAAGUAUAUGAUCGACACUGGGUUCAACUCUCAUAAAUAUUUUAAUAAAAAAACUUAUAAAUUGAAAAAUAUAAAAAAUAUUAAGAGGUACGGAUUGUACAAAAUAUUUAAAUACAAAUACAACAUACCAGAGAAGGAAAUUAAUCCCCUGUGUAGCUUUUUACUGCCUAUGCUGGCCAUGGACCCUCAGAAGAGACCCUCCGCCUACACUAUGCUCCAGCACCCCUGGCUCAAUAUGGUAGCACUGGAAGAGGAAGAAAUGUAUAUGAAGAAUAGAUCCUACUCCUUCAACAGCAUGAGUAUGAGUGUCAAAAAUAACGCCAAUUAUGAGGGCCACGAAUACAGUAAGGAACAAAAUUAUCACAACGAAAAUUAUAACGGCGCGAAUCAGCACGUGGACAGAGGUAUAAAUCCUUCCAACAAGCACAACAACGCGCAGGCGAAUUUGAAGGGCCACCAGAACGACGCGCUUAUGGGGCAAUUCGAGGAAGAGCUAUGCAAAAGUGAGGUAGAAGAAGACGAGGGGGAUGACGACGAAGAGGAGGAAGACGAAGAGGUGGACGACGAAGAGGAUGAAGAGGAUGACGAGGGGGAGGAUGACGAAGAGGUGGACGACGAAGAGGGGGAAGACGAAGAAGAAAACUACAAUAGCGAACCAGAGUACGGUUUUGCCUACAAAAGUAAUCACACCCAUAACGGAAUGGAGAGCAAGGCACCCACACUCAAAUACGACAAUCUGUAUCCCAAAAAAAAUAAGCUACAAGGAAAAUCGAAAUAUAAAAAGAUAAGCCAGGGGAACAUCCCUGAUUCGUCCGUCAACACGGAGGAUUACAUGUUCCACAGUGAAAACAUGCCCCACAUUGUGCAUAAUAAUGCAAAUAAUAAAAACUUCGCCAAAAAUGCACCACAGUACCAAAGCCUCCAAAUGAGGAAUUACGGCAAAAUGAGUGGCCACGGAUUCAACGACGAAGUUGUGAAUUCAGAAGAGGAGGGAGAUUAUCAUCGCUACUAUGAGCACCCAGGGAAGUACAAAUACGACGAGGGGGAGGAAGAGGAUGAGGAAGAGGAUGAGGAAGAGGACGAAAUGGAAGAUGAGGUGGACGACGACGAUGAAGAAGAGGAGGAGGACUUAUCGGAUGAGGAAUAUCACCCCCAGAGUGAGAAGCCAAAAAAAAGGCACAGUAACCGUCACAAAAGGGUUGACAAUGGUGACUACCAAAACGACAGCGAUGAAAAUGAUUUCGGCGAUGAAAAUGAUUUCGGCGAUGAAAAUGAUUUCGGCGAUGAAAAUCAUUCCGGUGAUGAGAAUCAUUCCGGCGACGAAAACAACUUCGGGGGUGAAGAAAGCGAAGUGUAUUAUGAAGGGGGGGAGGACUCCUCCGCGCUCCUUGCCGGAAAAGGACAGCCAAAGAAAAUCGCAAGGGAAGAGCAAACAGGACGAAGAGAAGUAUUAAUCCCCGUAAAUCCAAAGGACUUCCUCAAAGUUACUAUCCCGAGUGAAAAGGCAAAAUUAAGAGACCAACUGGCCACAUCGAGUAGCCCCAAUUUUAAUGACAUUGCAAAAAACGAAUCAACCGAAAUGGAGGAGAACAGCACUUCCUCCAAAAUGUUCAGCAGCGUCGUGAUGAGUUGCAGUAGCCCCGGCCAAAAUGUGCAUAAGUUUGACAAAACAGACCAAGAGGAAAAACAGCUGUUGGAAGGAAAUGCACCGGGACCGGAGCGAGAUAACGAAACGCAGGUGAUUGAGGAUAACCAGGAUGAGGACAAGGCCAACAAAAUAAAUUGCAAAGUCAUCAACAAAAAUCCGUUUUGUGCCUUCUCCUAA